AAAAAAAAUAUGAUAACAAACAUGGCGUGAUAGAAGCGUCUUCGUAUAAUUUGUUUAUUAGGUCAACGUAUCUUUAUAAGAUAUUCGUCUUGGCGGAUUAUGUCGUCACAUACCAGAGGGCGAAAUCUCCAUGUUAACGUACGGAAAAGGAGGUGCCGGGGCGAAGGCGCUCGGCGGUAGACCAGUGUGCGGGUGAUAUGCAAGCGGCGCCGGCGCGCUACGUGUCAGUGAGCGAGCUGUAUUCGACCGACGAGGUGGAGCUGCUUUUAGACGAGAUUCGCGAACUGGAGCCCACCAGCUGCCGCGGCGAAGACGUGCAGGACUUCGAGAUCGCGGGCAGCGGGUGCGGCGCGGCGGCCGGGGGCGGGGCCGGGGGCGGGGGCGGGGGGCGGUCGCCGGCCGGCACGGAGGCCACGGAGGCCACGGAGCGGUCCUGGGACUCGCACGCGCACUACCGCCGCCAGCCGCCGCCGCGCCCGCGCCCGCUCGCGCCGCUCUACUGCCGCCUGCGACACCUGCGCUCGCUGCGCGGCGCCUGCACGCUGCUGCUGGUGGCGUGCUGCGCGGGCUCGUGCGGGUGCGUGUGGGGCGCGGCGGGGCUGCGGGCGGCGCAGCUGCCGCUGGCGGCGCGCGUGCAGCUGCUGCAGCUGGCGGCGCUGUCGUCGCUGCUGCUGCACGGCGUGCUGCUGGCCAUGCACGUGUCGGGGCUGCAGGCGCUGCUGCCGCUGGACUGGGCGCGGCUGGGCGCGUGGACCAGCGCCUGCAGCGGCGCGGCGCUGGCCGCCGGCGCCGCGCUCGUGCUGCACGCCGUGCUGGCCGCGCCCGAGUACCGCUGGGCGCCCGCGCACCUCGCGAGGUUGCUGCUCUCCGCCUCCGGCCUGGGGCUGGGCGGCGCGUGCGCGUCGGGCGCGCUGGUGGCUGCGGGCGCGCGCGCCAUGUGCGGCGCCCGGCCGCGGGGGGCGUGGGGGGCGGGGGGCGCGCGGGGGGCGAGGGGGUCGCGGGGGUCGCGGGCGUCGCCGUCGCCGCGCGCCUCGUACCGCGCCGUGCCGCCGGCGCCCGCGCCGCUGCCGUCCACGUCGCGCGACGACCCGUUAUAG